AUGUCUUCCCAACUCCAUGCCCAUGCCCAACUUAAGAUUCUCGAGAAGAAAUUGCACACUUCCAGAUUUGAGAUAUCCUUUUACUCGAAUCUCAUCACUGCCCAUAAGAUCGCAUGUCUAGUGAUUCAGACUACAAACGUGCUCGGGGCUUCUCUCAAGGCUAUUGAUUUCCUCUUUCUCGUGAUAUGCAUCUUCUUUAUGUUCGAACGGCAGAUCAUGAAUCUGUUCCCUCAAAGCUCUCCUUCCGAGCCUCUUCCACACAUGAGCUGCAUCAAGAUCGGCAGGCUCCUCUUGACGUGCAUGUACAAAGUGGACGCGUUCUAUGUCAUGCUCUGCCUCUUACCUGUGGACAAGCUCUUGCAACAUUAUGAUCAGCUCUGGUUGGUUGCCUUUGAGACCUACGUGUAUGCCGGAAGGUCUCCCGUUGUCUUCUUCUCGGACGGCAUCGACACGUCGGCAACUCUUUACUCUUCAACCUACAUCCUCCUUGCUUCUAUCAUCUUUCAUGCAAACUUGUUUGUGGCUCGUUCCUUUGUGGUCUCGUACAGUCUGCACUCAGCAAGGGCCAAGCAGCCCUCCAAGACAGCGAGCGGGGCGAAAUCAACGGGGAGAGGUUUCAUUUCUGGGAUCCUGAUUUCAAACGUUCUGGUCUCAAACGCAGAGAUCAUUCAUGACCUCCUGAUCCUCCUUGACUUUGGCAUCCUCGCCUUCUUCGGGGUUUGGAUAUGGAAGAACCAAGUCUUCAGCGAGCUCUGUGCUAUGAUGAUGCCGUUCCAUACCAUCUCCGUCAUCAUCGCCUUGAGAAUACGACAACUUGAUAGAAGCUUGUACAGGAGGAAAUGA